UCCACAAUUUUCUGUCGUCGUCAGUAGCAUUUUAUGCUAAUUUAAAAGCUUUGUUUAUUUCGAUUUGUCGUUCAAAGAUGAAACGCUAUUCCGACAAUUUCAGCCCUGGCCGCUGGAAACGAAUUUGUCCUCCGGCCCAAGAUUCCGACAGUGACAGUUCGUCAGAUUCCGACAGCCCCAUAGAUAGUGAGUUUUGGGGAAUUAUAUUAGAUAACUGAAUAAAAUUUUUUUUCUUUUAUGCCCAUAUUUUUAUAUCAUUUCUACAACCUUCAAUUUACAGAAGGCUGUUUGGUUACGGGGCUCCCAACUGCACACAUUGCGGCUAUCCUAACCUGGUUUGUUCCUGCAGUCUGCGACAGAAGCUCACCACCAGUUCAAGGCAGUCCAUGAUUCUGCUUGAUCCUGUUGACUCCAUUGAGAGAGUUGAAGGUCCAGCUGGAGGUAAUGGUACUAGUCAUGCCAGUUCCAGCAGCAGCAAUGGCAAUAGCAAUAGCAGUAGCAGCAGUAGCAGUUACCAGCCAAGCCUCAGCAGUGGAAUAACAACAACCGGACAUUCAGACACGAGCAAUGAAAGGUCUUCUGCUUCCUUCCGGGCAUCUACCAGCAUUCAGCAGUUUAGAGUUCGUCCAGCCCCAAGAUCAACCGUCAAUUACAAUAGACAUGAAUUAGGGUUGUUUUCUGAUGAAGAUGACACAAUAAAUCUGUUUGAACCACCAAAAAUGCAGGAUUUCUCACAUGGUAACAGACCAAGGGAAUCAUCAGAAUCUUCCAUAGAAGUAAUAGCAUCUCCUGCUACUGUCGAUGCUACUACUUCAUCUGCUGCUACUGUCGAUGUUACUAUCUCAUCUGCUGCUAAUGUCGAUGCUACUACCUCAUAUGCUGCUACUGUCGUUGCUACUACUACCUCAUCUGCUGAACGAGAAACUAAUAAGGAAUUAGAUGAAUUUAACGCCCGGCUCUUGAGCUUAAUCGAAUGCCCCGUCUGUUUGGAACCGAUCUCUCCACCAGUCCAUCAAUGUCGUCGGGGCCAUCUGGUCUGCGGUAAAUGCAAGAGCCAAUUAAACCAAUGCCCCACGUGUCGGGACCGGAUGUCGGAAAUGAGGAACUUUGCCGUAGAACGGAUGGCUGAAUUGCUGAAAUAUCCUUGCCGGAACGCUGGACUGGGAUGCCCGGUAGCGAUUUUAUUUUCUGGCAAAAUCGCCCACGAAUUAGCCUGCCCGUUCCGGCACUACAACUGCCUCUUCCGUACGUGUUCGUGGACGGGUUUUCAGCAGGAGAUGGUGCCUCACUUGCGCUCGACCCAUUCGCUCCGUUUCCUGGAAGGAAGUCGCCAGGAGAUCGACGUGGAACUCAACUCGCCCACCCUCUUCUACACCGAUUGGGCGCUUUCGUGUUUCGGUCGCAUCUUUCGUCUCAACGUUUUCCAGCACAUACCCAACUCAAUGUUUUACGUGUCUGCUUAUUUGGUGGGCAGUAGAGGUCGAUCUGAUGAAGUUGCAGGCCGCUCCGAAUCGGAUUUCACUUACACUGUGACGGUAAACGGUUCGCUGGGUCGGCGGGCCUCCUACACUCGGCAAACACACGCCGAAUCGACGCGUACGAGUCAAUUGUGCCACUCUGAAGAUUGUUUCAGCAUCCGUGGCGACAAAUUGGUGCAUUUCACUCGCGACAGAGGGAGUAAAUUGCGAUUGCACGUCGAAUUGCAACAAUUGGAAACAACAAGUCACACUUUCCAGGACAACUAGAGUAAACCAAAACAAACAAACAAAAGAGAUGUCGCAUGUUUUCUUUUCCGUUUUGCUCGUCUUACAGGUGGGCAUUUAUUGAAUUUGUAGUAAAAGCACUUUAAGUUGUUUCCUGCUAAACUUUCUCCUUCGCUAUAUAGAUUUUGUUUUUUUGUUUCGUCUUUUUGCGUUGGCGUCACCUCUAUUUUGUAUUUCUCAAAUUCGAAAGUUUUACGCGUUCCUUGUUUGUGUAUCAACGCUAUAUGCAGGACGGCGCUCUGUGUGAGAUUACCAGAACAACUGGAAUAAAUUAAGAAUGAAAUUCUAA